AUGGGUAGCAGGGUGGCCGCGGCGCUGCUCCGGCGGGGCAGGGACCAGGCAUCCUCCCUGCUGAUGCCUCGUCUGCCGAGGAACGCCCCUGCUCCGGCCCCAACGCCUAGGGUUGGAUCCACCUCCUCCUCCCCCUUCUGCGGCGGUGGUGGCGGAAGCUGCCUCCUCCCGCCGAGGCCGGGGCCAGCGGGGGCCUUCUGUUCCGCUUCCCGGUUCGGCUCCUUUCACGCCUUCCGAUCCCUCGCUCCCAAGACCGUAUUUGGCCAAUGCACAAGGAGAAUGUCAACUACCGCAGCAGCACUGAACUCAUCUGCGGCCUAUGGAGCAGCAAAUUCAGGAUUGAAGCUACUUGUUACGAAAGGGCCUCAAGCACAGAAGGCGGUCGGGAUAUGGCUCUUUGGGUGUGCUGCCUGGGUGUUCAGCUUGGUCAUACUCGGAGGGAUUACUCGGCUCACACGUUCUGGGCUGUCAAUGACUGACUGGAAGUUCACAGGGGAAAUACCUCCAAUUACAGACGAUGCGUGGCUGCUGGAAUUUGAGAAAUACAAGCAGUCACCUGAGUACAAGAGGGUGAACAAUGGAAUGAGCCUUGAAGAUUUCAAAUUUAUAUACUGGAUGGAGUAUGCACACAGAAUGUGGGGAAGAGCUUUGGGCUUUGUAUUUGCGGGUCCUUUUGCAUACUUUAUUGCAAAAGGUUAUGUUACCCGCCAACUUGGGCUCAGGUUGUCGGUUCUUUUUGCACUUGGUGGUGCACAAGGACUCAUUGGCUGGUGGAUGGUGAAAAGUGGCCUUGAGGAACCAACAUCUGAGUAUGUUCAACCAAGGGUUAGCCCUUACAGGCUGGCUACUCACCUGACAUCUGCAUUUGUUAUAUACUGUGGUAUAUUGUGGACUGCAUUGUCAGUAGUGAUGCCUGACCCUCCAACCAGAUCAAUGAGUUGGGUUAAUGGUGCAGCAAAAAUCAGAAAGUUGGCAAUUCCUGUCAGUGCUGUUGUAGGCAUUACUACAAUAUCUGGAGCAUUUGUUGCAGGCAAUGAUGCAGGGCAUGCAUACAAUUCAUUCCCAAAGAUGGGUGACAGUUGGAUUCCUGAAGAUGUAUUUAGUAUGGAGCCUUUCAUACACAAUUUUUUUGAGAAUACAUCUACAGUACAGCUCAAUCACCGAAUUCUCGCAACAACCACAUUACUCUCUGUGGGUGGAUUAUGGUUGGCUGCAAGGAAAAUAGACAUGCAUCCAGCAGUCAAGUCACUGAUCGGAAGCACACUUGGGAUGGCUGCUCUCCAGGUUACAUUGGGCAUAUCUACACUAUUGAUGUAUGUUCCAACCUCGUUGGGCUCAGCGCACCAAGCUGGAGCAUUGACUCUGUUGUCACUUAUGAUCCUUCUCACUCACACUCUAAGAAGGCCGUCACCAGCUCUUCUUAAAUCAAUUUCAUCUGCUGUGAAAUCAACCUGA